GCCGGCAUCAUGGCGGCGCAGCGCGGCGUGCGGGCGGAGCGACACUGCUGCGGUGGCCACAGCCGUCGCCACGGCCGCUGACUGCUCAGAGGGCGGCAUGCAGCAACAGCAGCUCCAGCUUUCACCAUGCAUGCGACUCUACAUCUACGGACUUCAUGGCUUUUUGACUGAAAUAAUCUUCACGGCAGCUUGGGAAUACGUCACACAACUUAACUGGAAACUACCAGGUUGUUCCAGUGUGUGGUCUCUCCCCAUCUAUGGCAUUUCUGGACUUGUGAUGGAAAGCAUACUGACUGCUUGCAUGUCUUCCAAAGUACCUAUUCAUAUACGUGGUUUGUGUUAUCUUUUGUGGGUUUAUCUCUGGGAAUUCUCAACAGGAUCCAUCCUGAAAACAUUUGGUGCAUGUCCAUGGGACUACUCAGAAUUUACAUACAAUUUCAGAGGGCUAAUAACAUUUGAAUAUGCUCCUUUAUGGUAUGUUGUUUCUCUGCUGAUGGAGAAAAUCAUAAUCAACAAGGUGCUGCAACUACGGUGGGUGGUCCCACAUAUUCACAAUGGUUCAGCCACAAAGCUGUGUGACUGAAGUCAGCUGUACUGGCUGUUAAGAAAAAUUCAUCCUGUGAAAUAUCUGCCAAAAAUGGGUUGAAGUCCCGUUAAUACCAGAGAUUGGCAGUCUCAUGAAAAACAAACAAAUGUAAUCAAAUACAGUACUUAAACAUGACCUUUUUGAAAACUUUAAGUGUAAUGUCAUAGAGCAACUUUAAUACGAAAUUGGCAGCUCUAUGUUGUAAAUAUGAUAUCGUGACAUACGUGUACUUUCUUUCCUGAGAAGAGAAGUGUUUUACUAUGCAAGUGAAGUCAGUAAUCCAUACCUAGAGCAAAUAUGUUAGCUGACUGACAGUAUCUAGUUUGCUUCAAAAAACAAUUUUGUACAAUUCACAUUGGUAUGCUCUUGCUUGAUAGAUUACAGCCUUGAUGCUUCCUCUCAUUAUUUCACUUUCUUUUUUUUUUUGUGUCUUUAUUGGAGGUAAAUGGUAUUUAUGUCCCACUGGUAGAUAACAUCAUCAUUCCACUUCAGAACUAUACACUUUAUCUAUCAAAUAUUGAUACAGUACAGAUAAAUAUUAAUAAAUUUUCCUAAAAUACAUAAAAUGAAGUUAUAAUAAUUCAAACACAUUUUCACAAUGAUACAAUGAUAAGUAAGUAACAAAGGUUCGAUAUGUAAUGCAACCAUACUACAAAAAAAUAUCAAUACUUUAGCAUUCAGUUUAUAACUAAUGUGCAUAUGCCUUAUCAGUAGCGUAUAACAUAAUUUGCAAGUACAAGUAUUUUAAUUCAUGUUGCUACUGAUAAUCCCCCAGAGAAAAAAAAAGUUAGCUUAAGGGCAGAAAACCGGAGAAAAAUAUUGUUAUUUACAGUUUCAGCUGUAUCAUUAGACUCAUAGUUUCAUAAAUUCUUCUUAUUGAAAGAACUCUACACUCCUUCACUAUUCAGUUCACAAAUGGAGUGACAGUUACACUAGUGAAAAAAAGCAGUUUAUUUGCUCUGUUGUGUUUCCAGCAUUACACUCAACUCUAAACAAAUUAAUAAUGAAGUAAUACAUACAAUAAGUAAUAAAAACAGAAACAAUGAGUCAAGUGACAAAUAAAAAAUCACAUCCAACAGUAACUCGACAGCGCUAGAACACUGAUUAAGAAAGGAAACUUCAGACACAUCUGUCAAAAUCAUCAGCUUACAAAUAACUUUCUUCACAAGAAAGUGCAACAUUGUUUCCAAUUAUACCAGUACCAGCUGCCAAAAUGGAAAACAUAUGGUGGUCUGUUUCAUUUUUCCAUCAUUUGUUCCUUGUAUAUACCUUCCUGUCUUCCUCAUUUUCCAGUUAUGCACACAUACAACAAAAUACACACACACACACACACACACACACACAUACACAGAGAGAGAGA